UUUUUUUUCUCUCAAGGGGCCCCUGUUCAAAUUAGAACCUGGUCUAUUUUGUCUUGGCAAGACGUGCAGUGCGGCCUUUAAUAUCAAGCUUCUUUUGAGAGUGUACUGGGAAAAAUGGACCUGCAAAAAUGUACCAGUCAAUGGUCUAAUAUUGGCAUAUGAGGACGUCCCAGUGCAUAUCGUGGCCCAACUGCAUAGAAGCUCCUGGAUGUCACUUGACAAUUUGUGGGGGAUUUCGCUGCAUUGGGAAAGGACUAGUGAAUGCAUACUCCUUUAUGGUAAGAUUUAAAUCAUUUUUUGUCUCCCUUGGUAACAAAGGUGAGAGUGAAUGUCUUUUGGAUCUUUUUGAUUAUGGUAAGCAAUUGGAGUGUGCUUCGUUUCUCUCUUCCCACAGUAGUAUUCCCAUGGAAUAGAUGUAUUCACAAUAUUGUGUUGUUUUAACAUGUUUCCUCCGCAGCCUAACGACCUUUUCUACCCCCCGCCGCCACAGUUGCUAACUUGUCCCUUUGAUCUGGCUGUUGUGGUGUGCAAAAUCCUGUGUGGCCUCCAUGUUUUGUUUUGCCACACUGCAACACUUUCACAGAUGUGGAGGAUGUGAAAUUUGUCAUCAAUUAUGACUACCCUAACUCCUCCGAGGAUUAUAUCCACCGCAUUGGACGCACAGCCCGCAGUCAAAAAACGGGCACAGCAUACACCUUCUUCACCCCCAACAACAUGAAACAAGCCAGUGACCUGAUCUCUGUGCUCCGCGAGGCCAACCAGGCCAUUAACCCCAAGCUGAUCCAGAUGGCAGAGGACAGAGGAGGUCGUGGAAGGGGGGGAAGAGGUGGCUACAAGGAUGACCGUCGCGAUAGGUAUGGGGGUGGGAGGAGUAAUUUUGGCGGUGGUAGCUACAGGGAUAGGGACAGCGAUAGAGGGUUUGGCAGUGGGCCGAAGAGUACCUUCGGUGGCAGCAAGGCCCAAAACGGUGGCACCUAUGGAGGUAACAGUGGUAACACUAGUGGCAGCUAUGGCAACAGCAAUUAUAGCAACAGCAACGGACAGGGUAAUUUCGGUAAUCCGGCAAACCAGGUGGGUGCCUUUGGUAACCAAAGCUUUCAGGGCCCCCCUCAGUUCGGGGCCAUGCAGAGGGCUGCUCAGAAUGGCAUGAACCACCCGCCAUUCCCAUUCAAUUCUCAGCCCCCACCACCACAGGCCCAACAGGCACCACCCCCACCACCGAUGAUGCCCUACCCCAUGCCGCCACCUUUUCCACAGUAGAUAUGAUAUACGCACAAUAUAUGGGAACCAACAUGAUUUUUGUUUAGUCUUGAAAUCUUACAGUAUGACUAAUAUUA